UUAAAUAUGUUCAUAUUAGAUUUUCUUUGAAGAAGACACUCAUUUACGUGCUACGUGAUAUUGGAAUGUGUAAAGUUUGAGAAGAUCAGGAGUUACCAGGAAUUUUAAGAAUAAUUACCACCAAACCAGACAACGAUGAAGUUCCUCUUGAUUCUGGUCUGGCUAAGCGGUGUUUGCAUCGAACUCAUCCCAGCCUCAACUCGGAAGGCCGAGGUGAAACGGGACCACUGCAACAAGACAGUUGACAUCUAUGAAGAUGUCUCCAGCCCGGAAGUGACACCAGAGAACAUAGGGAAGCCGAUGACGUGCUGGUAUCGCUUCAGAUCCUUCCGUGGCACUCCACGCGACUGGAUUCUUCGCAUCAGGUUCAAGAAGUUCAAAGUUGGUACCCUUGUGAACGCAACCCACUGUCAUAUGGGCUACAUGCAGAUCGUGGACGGCAACGCGAAAACGGAUGUGAGUAACCGGAAAGACCCGGGCCUGUUUUGCGGCGAGACGGAGCAGCCACAGACAUUCAUUUCGGAGACGAGUUUCGUCAAGGUGCUGUUUCACACGGACAAUUUCACGGACCAAACGUACUUCAGUUUCGAUUCGCGUGCAGAGCAGCAGUUUGAGGUGUACUUGAGAUACGGACAGCACCCAGAAUUAUACCCAAACCGCCGCGGAGAAGUAGUCUCAGGGUCGUACUGUGAGCGAGUGUUCAGGGAUUGCCGCCUCCAGACCUGUUACGUGCAAUCACCUGCUUACCCCGGUGUUUACCCCAGAGGUCUCCACUGCCGUUACCAUCUCAACACGAGAUUACCCUUCAUCAAACUCUACAUAGAGAACGAGGAGUUCAACAUAGAUGGACAGAGAUGCGAGAACAUCAUGACGUGCCCUAUGCGCCCCAUCUCGUCCGGGGAGAAACACUGCCCCUAUGAUUAUAUCAAGAUAUAUGAUGGCAUCAACGAGGGAAGUCCAGUCAUAGGUACGUUUUGUGGAAUGGGGAAGUUCCCGUACUCAAUCAUCGGGACGAGUGAAGAUUUGUUCGUAGAAUUCGUGAGUUCGCUGGCGGGGCCCCUACUCAACACUGGGUUCCAUUUCAACGUGGGGAACUGGCCCGGACACGUCGAGACCGCUGGAAGCAGAAACGGUACAUGUGACUGGGUGCUGACCAGCGAGGACCUGGCGACUUCUGGCGACUCGGAGGGCAUCUUCCUUUCAGUGGCGCAUUGGUAUCCGCCCCACACGUCCUGCACUUACCUCAUGCAGGGACAGAAGGAUGAGGUUGUCAGGCUGUAUUUCCCAAGUUUCCGUAUCAAUAGGAUAGAAUCACCAAUCCAGCUCUUCGAUGGUGAUUGUGGUGAAUCUCUAACCUUGUAUGAUGCUUCGUGGCCUGAUGAUUCCCGCAUCAUCAAGACUUUCUGCGACACUUUCUCUCGCGCCAUGGAGAAGCAUGACUUCGUGUCAACAGGAAAUGCGCUCUUCGUACGAUUUGAGAGUAAAACAGGAAGUUACUCUGGGUCGUCGCUGUACUAUUGGGCACAUUAUGAUUUCUUUAACAACUCGAGAUACGGAGAGCGUGUCCCGGACACUGCGUGUGAUGAGGUGUUUUCCAGCUGGCGUUCCCAAAGUGGUUGGUUUCGAUCCCCCCUCAACACUCUGGUAUAUAAGCGCAGCGACCCCACAGAGGACGUUCGGUGCCUUUACCGCUUUUUAACAGACAAGAGGCUCUUCGCACGUGUCAUUCUUACUAUUGACGCCAUCAAUUUCAAGGACCAUCCUUACAACGCAGUUUCUUGCAGUGACUGCUGGGAAGAUCGUGUGGAUAAGUUGUUGAUCUGGGAACCUCUUCAAAGUGGAAGUAACAGCACAGCAACAGUAACCCCUGGCACUGGAGUUUGUCUUUGCAAAGGUGCUUCAUCACCUGCAACGGAAAUCCCAUCACUCCCCGCUCUGCCAUUUACAGUAAUUUCAAAAGGAGAGUCACUGAACCUGCAACUUCAUGUGGAUGCGGCUCAUGCAGCUUCAAGCUACUUCAAACAUCCAACACCACUCUUUGAAGCCAGAUACGAAUUUGUGCAUGGGCCACUGUGUGGACCGCCCAUUAUACCACCAACAGCUGAGGGAGAAUUGCAUUAUCCCUUCUUCGAGGCCCUGGGUUAUGUUGAACCUCCCAAAAGCAUCCGAUGUAUCUGGGAACUUAGGGUAACCCGUCAACUUGACCUCUGGCUUCAUAUUGAUAAGAUAAAAUUUUCUUCUAGAGCCUGUGACGAAGGUCGUCUCGAGUUCUUCCUGCCUUCGAAGCCCAAUGAGCCUUUCCUGUCUGUCUGUGGUGAGAAUGUGAGUUCUCUUAAGCAGUUACCAAUCCUAUCAACAGCUGAACUAUCUGCGUUACCACCUCCACAGCCAGGUGUCUCGCCAACCACUGUGCCUGCCACUGUAGGUACAGAAGCGCCAUCAGUCAAGAUUCAGUUCACAGGAACAGUUGCGCCUGCUCGAACAGCAUUCAGAAUAGCAUGGACUGAAAUGUACCACUUGCCAAGAAAUUCUGACGGCACUAUGAUGACGUCUAGAUUGACAGAGAGCGGCAGUUCAUCAGGGCCAUCAGAUUCUGCGGGUGUGUGUGAGUUUGAGUGUCCUGGUGAUUCUGGACUUUGCAUACCAAGAAGGUUGGUUUGUAAUGGGAUUGUCAAUUGUCCAAAUGUCACUUUGGGCGCUGUUGAAGAAGGUGUUGCUGGUGGCAGUGUUCCUGUAGGUGGAAUGGGAGGUAGUGAUGAGUCACCAGAAUUAUGUGAGAGAUCUGAGGAUGAUGCUGUGAACUGGCUAGCGAUAGGACUUGGGGCAGCAGCGGGUGCAAUUCUGGCAGUGUCAUGUAUUGUGAUUUUGUGCCGCGCUUGCCUGUGCCACAAGAGAGCGGGGAACCGCGACGAUGACAUCGAUGUACCUUACUGAUGUCACGCUGAUGAUCAGCUGACUCAGCAGCAACAGCAACGUCGUGGUAAAGCGGCAGGUCUACUGCUUCCAGCUGCUACCUCGGGGCCGGUAGCCAUUCCACCUCCUACACGACAUCAUCACGAUGACAGAUUAGUUGCUGCUGUCAGCUGGUGAUGAAUUCAUCCAGUUGCCAAGAUACAAUUUAAGUGGGGUGGGGAAAUGUACUUACUGUUAUUGCUUCUAUUGAAGUUCAGCUACUAAAAUAUGGUUUCAGCUCUGUUCUUUAGAGCAUAUUUGGAGAACCUUAUUCGUACACUGCUGAUUCAAGAAACCAAGAUUCUGAACUUAUAACUUCAUGUUCUGUGUUUAUAUAAAUCUGGAGCCAACUCGAAGAAGUUUUCUUAUAGUGACGUUGCAGUAGAAAUCACUAACUAUAUUUCUAAAUGCAGAUACUGACACUUGGUCAGUAUGCCAGUGUUAUUGAUUCAAGCUGUACGAACAGUAAAACUUGGCUGCAAAAUGUAAUGGAUUCAUUAUACAACAGAUAUACAACUGCAUCUUUGCUGUGUUGUUUAUAAUUGUGAGGGGAUAUAAAAGAUGACUGCUACAAUCACAGCGAGGAUUAAUCACUUUACAUAAAUAUGGAAAACUGUUCAGAAAUUGAUUGAUAGGCUGCGCCUCAUCACGAGUUUAUGAUUUGUAUACCCGUAAUUAGUUAAAUGACAGGGAUAUAAUUUGGUGGAUGAUUCAAUGUGUGGAAGGCAGUCAGCCGAAAGAGGCCGAUAUCAUAUGCCAGAAAGUUAAGUUAAGGAAUGGCAAUGAUGCAUCUGAAUUGUGACUUUCAUAUUUCGCUCAUAAAACAAUAAUGUUGACUCUUUUUAGUAUUGUUGAAUGUUCUGUUUUGAUUUUGAGAUAUAAUUGACCUUGAUAAUAUUUUUGGAGAUGUCUCGGAGCUUCUUGUAGUUUGUUAUGGGGACACCAAAAAUAACUAUCAUAAUGUUAAUCUGUUUACAUUUCUUGUAGCAACCUGGUGUUUAGUUUCUUUUUUCAGAGGGAGAUAUCAGCAACUACACGUGCUUUCUUUCCAUUAUCGUGGCAAUAACAUUGUUGAUAUAUUUGUUUUUAAGAAAUCCUUCAAAUGGACCCUAACCGUUGAUAAUAUUUUUAAAAUAAUGAACUUCUCGCCUUUAUAGUUCUUUUCCCAAAUAUUGUUAAUUGAAAAGUGCUUUUAAAAACAGUGUCGUGGACAGAUUGGCAACUGUGCCACCUGUUUCAGUACUCUGAGAAGAAUGAAAAUCAGAAAUCUGGUCCAGAUUUCUCAUGCAUUGAUGCUGAGGAACCUGUGUAUAUUAGAUUGUAUUUUAUAUGUGAAACUGAGAGUGUACAGAAGUGGCAAAGGCACCAAAUUUCAUCAAGAGACUCGCCAUUGUUGUCCCUAAUGUUCGAGUAUAUUGUUUGCACUCAAGAAAAUGUGUUCGUAUUUUAAAGAAUCACCCUGUAGCUUUAUGGGAUAUAAAGAGUUUCCAAACAAUUCUCCAGUAGUAUGAGAUAGUCCUGAAUAUCAGCUGUGUGUUUCUUCAUGUUGGCAGCCCAGCGACACUAAGUUCUCAGUUGAUUGAGCUGUAACAUUAUGGGUGCAUAAAGUAAAGCUCAGACAUAUAUAUACUUCAGCCAAAAAGCUGUAUAUUUAUGUGAAAUAUUAAGUAAUGCGCAUGCUCAUUGUAAUAUUCCCAGAUGAUACAGUAUUUUGAUAGCCGUGAUAAAUUUCAUUAAUCGACAUCACAAAUAUGCCUUUCUUGUCUCAAAAUAAGAGUGGCCUAUUGGGUGUGUUAUAAGCACUAAUCGGUAUAGGAAAUCUUCGUUCUGGUGAAGAUAAUCCAGUAAAAUAACAGCAAACAUAGAAAAUGUAUUCCAUUCUGAAAUAUUAAUUGAUAUAUAAGGAGGCAUUUUAUUUUUCUUUUAAGUACAGUAUUUGUUUGUUAGGUGGUGUAAAAUAUUAUCAUUUCAUUAUAUCAUUAUCUUUUCAUUUCAUUAAUCUGAAACCAUGCAAUGAAUGUCGCGACUAGCAGAAAAUUCAGCAUAUCACUAAGACAUUCAUCUUAAAUGUAUAUGCAUGAUCUUAAUUACAUUUCCUUGAUUACUGGGAGAAUUGUUUUGGAAGCAAUCGCGCGAGCAUAAUUAAAACAGUGUCGUAGAUAAUAUAGUAAUUUGACAUUAGUGGUAAUUAUCAAGAAUUUUGUUUUAUCAGUUAAGAAAUGAUGGAAGAUAUGUAAUGUGUAAUGUACAAUCUCCACCAGAGUAAAAUAGCAUACCCACAAAUUUCUCAGAAAGAAACAAUUCAUCGUCACUGAAACGUUUAUUCUGAUUAGCACACUUCUUAUACUUUUACUUUAAUUCUAAACCAGUCGCAAGCUGUUCUUGUUUGAACCCCUUGUUAUGCAAUAAUUUUCCAGUGGUAGUUACUGUGGUACAGCAUCAAGAUAUCACUCCUUCCAAUAUUAUAUCGUACGGAAAUGUUUUGCAGUGAAUAGGAGGGAUGAAGACAAAACAUAUAUUGUGACUGUUGGGAUGUAUCAUCGUUAAUGUAUUUAAAAAUGAAUGGAGGAAAAAUCAUUGUCCCAAAUUUGAAUCUCAAUAAAUUACUACCUCAUGCAGUAGACAGCAGCUGUAUUUAAAAUACUUAUAAUCAAUUUUAAUGCCAAAAUUAUGUUUCUCUGAGCACUAAGUUUUGAGGCGCAGAGUUCUGUUUCAUAUAAUAAAUAAUAAAGCAUUUAAUUAUUGCACUCUGCAUCUCCAAAUUUUCGUUAGUAUUGCUGAUGGAAUAUCAGGAAAAAAUAAUGCAAGGAUAAGUAAUAUGUUCUAUUAAGAAACGUGUAACCCCAGUUUGUUUUUCCUUCUUAGUGAGAAAAUUGGUUGAGUGGUGAAAUAUAAGGUAUUUAUCCUGGUACCUUUAAAUUAUCAUGGUGGUGUUACGCACAUAACAAUAUUUAGAUUUUUUUGUGGUAUGACUCCAGUUGCUUUUAUAUUAAUUUAAUUUAUUUAAGUUGCAGUUAAUAUACCUCUUGUGUGCUUAAUACUAGUGACACCACAUAGCCUGAUAUUUGUUUUACCAGCGUAUCAAAGAAACCAGGUGCCUCCAACAUCAGGGUACAUUUCUUCAGUCCUGUACAGAAGAAUGGUAUCUAAGCAUACAAUCUGAAUGGUAACCUUCCAUUCUGAAACUUACAUGUUUCCUUUCGAUCGAUAUAUAAGCUGAAAGUCUUUCAUAUAUAUCUUAAUAAAUGUGAGAGAGAAUUUGUAAUUUCUUGACGUUAGCGACCAAACUUUUCAGUACAGUACCAAAACGGUAAAGUCAUCGAAAUGUUGAUAGGCUGAGUGAUUAUCAGAUUUUCAAAAGCAGGUUAGUUGGAAGGGAAGGUAUUACUAAGCAGUCAGAUACAUAAAUAGAAAACAGUAUUGAAAAUCAUAUUACAAUGUCUCCUGGAUUUAAAUGACUUGGAGUAUGAUCCAGUGGUAGUCUCGUGACAAUGUGAUAAUGAACCUCUGAGUUCCAUAAAGACGGACAAUUUGUUGACUAGCUGAACGAUUUCAGCUUCUCAGGAAGGAACUGGUUCCAAAUAGUUAGACUGGAAUACUGUAAAAAUAAGCCAUUAUUUUCUUGUCAGAUGUUCACAUUUUUCACGUCUUGAGAUUCAAAUUUAAGGUUUAUAUUAAUUAUUUUGAAUUAAAUAUCACGAAAUAGGCCUCACUGAGAAAUCAGUGUUUACUUGACUGGUCACCGCUCGUUGAUACUGAAACGCACAAAACACUUAUACAUUUUAACAACUUUCUCGUAUAUUCGAAAAACAGGCUUUUAAUAAAAAUAAAUAUGCAUGAUAUAUGACUUACUUCAGUGUUCUUUUUAUCAUAGAACUAUCAGUAUUUCAUAAAGCUCAAGUAAAACAUUCUUAAACGACCUGUCUCCAACGUUACAAAUUAAUAUUUUAUACAA